UCUUGAACGCUGUCCAAGCCAAGCUGUAGCAGACCACUAAGCUCUAGCCAAAGAUCCAGAUGGGCGACCAGAUGAGCUAGUGAAUCGGUGAAAGAAUGCCAAUGCGCGAUGCUCUGGCCAAAGUAGGCGGCGCUGCACAAACCGAUGAGCUAGUGAGUCGAUGGAAGGGUGCCGAUGCGCGAUGCUCUGGCCAAAGUGUCGCGCCUCAACCAGCUCACGAGAUGGUUGGAGUCAAGGGGAUGGUCGUGUGCAAUAUUGAGACCUGGGUAUUGAGAAUGUGGGUAUUUGUGUAUGAUGAUGUGAUGUGUAGCAGGUUCGAGGAAGCGUGGGAUGCGAGCGAGCAAGAUGACUGGUCGAAAGUCGGUUUCAGAUGUUCGCGAGCAGCUGAGAGUCCUCAAGCGUCGAGUUCAAGCAAGUCAGGUCGCGAGUGUCGCGGAGCCUAGUGCUCCCACCAAGGCAGGACACAGUAGCCAACAGCCGCUCGCGUUAGCCGCGUCGGACGCGGCCCCAAGCCAAAA